GGUCCUGCUCAUUCUCGAAUUCUUUGAAGUUUGCUUCCAUUCUUUUGAUUGAUCUCCGCUCGAUACCUUAACGAUCUCGUUCACUUUUUACUAUAGUCACUGUUAUUUCUUUCUCGUUCUUGGCUGCAUGAUGAAACUCGCCAUUUUCGCCAACGCUUUUACAAUUAGCUGCGCGCUCGCGGCCCCGCAGAUAACUAGUGAGGCGAGGCGCUAUGUCGAUACGGCCGCCAAAGCAGCGCCCUCGAUGGUCUCCCGCAACGCUCCUGCAGAGGGGUUCCCGGGUGACAGAGAAAAACGCUACGUCGACACGGCUGCAAAAGCAAUGCCUUCGAUGGUUUCUCGCAACAUCCACCCACCGCCGCCACAGCCAAAGACAGAGCCAGAGCAACAUCAGCAUCACCACGCCAGUAGGAGAAGCGUGACUCGGUCUAAGCGCAGCAGCACAUCGCGGGGAUCGGAUCUCUGGGUACCGGCGGCGCCGCAGGAAGCUGAGAUUUGGGUGCGUUCGCUGCACGAGUGGGUCACCAGUGCCGGGACGACGGAGGAGCGCAUAGUAGCCAAGGCGCUGGACAAGCUCAUGGUGGAUGCGGGGAGUCGGUCGUAUGGGGACGAGUAUUACUAGCGCCGAAAUACAUGUGAUAUUUUCUCGGGAAAUACUGAAUGGCACGUC